AUGGCUUUCUACGGAAGUUCAUCGACGUAUCACAAGGACGCUAACGAAACUACAGAAUGGGAGGAUAUUCUUGCUGAGAGAGGAAUAGUUCCUCGAAAAAAGGAUAUCGAAAAUGCCUUAGAUGAAGUUCUUGAAGAGCGUAAGGAAAAAGUGAAUCCAUAUGAGGGACGUGAUCUGAACGAGCUGGAAGAUGAUUUAGAUGAGGAGUUGUUGAGUGACGAAGAUUUGGUCGCUCUGAAUGAAUAUAGACAAAAGAGAAUCGCCGAGCUACAGCGUGCCGCAGUGAAGAACAAAUUUGGUUAUCUAAUUCAACUUUCCCGAAGUGAAUAUGUUCGCCAGGUGACGGAAGCGAGUCAGGAGUAUCCCGUGGUUGUAUUCCUGUAUAAGGAAAAAUAUCCUACUGUGCUUGUACUUGUACUUGUACUUGUACUUGUGCUUGUGAUUUUCUUAACAGCACUAUUGUAG